GGUGCCGCCAUUGAAAAAUUGAAAGUCAUCGGAAACAAAAUUUUGAAAUUUGAUUGUUUUCUACUAUAUUCAGUGGAUAAUAAUCUAUAAAUUAUGCCUGGGGUAGAAGGACCAAAGGUUGCAAAGGUGGUUGUUCACCCUCUCGUGCUGCUGAGUGUAGUUGAUCACUUCAAUCGUAUGGGAAAAGUUGGAAAUGUAAAACGUGUGGUUGGUGUCCUUCUUGGUUCCAAUAGACAAGGGAUUCUAGAUGUAUCUAACAGUUUUGCAGUACCAUUUGAUGAGGAUGACAAAGACAAGACCGUGUGGUUCUUAGAUCAUGACUACCUGGAGAUGAUGUACACCAUGUUCAAGAAAGUCAAUGCUCGAGAGAGGAUUGUUGGUUGGUAUCACACAGGGCCAAAAUUGCAUGAGAAUGAUGUCCUCAUUAAUGAGGUUAUGAGGAGAUAUUGCCCCAACUCAAUUCUUGUGAUCAUUGAUGCCAAGCCUAAAGACAUUGGUCUGCCAACUGAAGCCUAUAUAGCAGUGGAAGAGGUCCAUGAUGAUGGCACCCCAACUACUAAGACAUUUGAACACGUUGCCAGUGAGAUUGGUGCUGAAGAAGCAGAGGAGGUCGGUGUGGAACAUUUAUUAAGAGAUAUCAAAGACACAACUGUAGGCUCACUAUCUCAGAGGGUGACCAACCAACUUCUUGGCUUGAAAGGGUUACACCAACAGAUACAAGGCAUCCACUCUUACCUUGAACAAGUCAUACAACAGAAGCUACCAAUUAACCAUCAAAUCAUAUAUCAGCUACAGGAUGUUUUCAACCUUCUACCUGACGUGAAUCUUACAGAGUUCGUGAAGAGCAUGUACGUGACAACCAAUGAUCAGAGGCUCGUGAUCUACCUCUCGUCUCUCAUUCGUUCAAUCAUCGUACUUCACAACCUCAUAGAUAACAAACUCUCCAAUAAGGAGGCAGAAAAGGGUGACGGUGAUUCCAAGAAAAAGGACGAUAAAACUAAGAAAGAUGAUAAAACUAAAAAAGACACUGAUGACAAAAAUAAAGAUGAUAAAAAAGAUGUGAAAAAGGAAGUUAAAAAGAAAUAA